UCGGCGCCUAUUGCGGGAGGAAUCCCAGACAUGCAGUCCAGAGCACAGCAACCCAUCCCUAGCGUUUUUCCAUUCAUGAACACUCCAUGCCAUCUGUGGCCGCGAGAGAUACACCCCGCACGGCCAUGUGAGCACCUCACAUGGGCUGGUCUGUCUGUCACCUGUCGCGUAUUGUCUACCACGAUAGAGCCUCAACCCCAACGUGGAUAUAAUUCAAGGACGCCAAGUGGGUUGUCGACCAUCGCCAGCGCGGUGUCAUGUGUCACGUCCUUUGAAGGUGAACGACACAUGGAAUUGUCAGGAGCUUGGGCCCGCUCAUCGUUGUUGUCGAUGAUGAGCCGCGUUGCCCCGUUUGACAAGACCGAAUUCCGUCUACUGCAGGGCUGCCGCAUGUUGUGUUUGAGAAGACAAGCUGUGUCACUAUCAACCCGGUCUUGGCACACUCGCUGCUGGGCUAGUCUCUCGGAUCUGCGACCCGACAAACUGAGAUUACGCACACUUCGUCAACGUCUCAUCUCCUGUAGAGUGACCGCCUAUGUGAAGGAAGUUGCGGUGUUCACACAGAGUGCACUGCUAUUCCCGAGCUUGGCGAUGUCUUGCGAACCAACUCAGCCUCUCUCUGCUAAUUCGGGCUCCAUCAUCAAGUGAGGCUUCUGAGGAAGGCCUGACUUGCUCAGAGUGGGCAGUGUAAUCAGCAAAACAAUGGCUUGUCUUCGUUUUGUAGGACCUGAGCAUCAAAGUUCUUUGACAACGGACUUGUAUCUUGGAAGUUCGAGGCUUGGAUAACCAUCCGUUGAAGACAGAGUCUUUAUGGGCAUGUCGGUUUCUUUGGCUGUCCAUUGUCGUCAAAAUCCCAAAUUGGUUGUGGCAUCUUUGACCCAUGUGAAAGGCAAGAGGCACAGCAGAAAACAUAGUGUCGAGCCUGUCUUUGAUCGUCAACAAGAUACCUCAGUGCCUUUUGAUUGCAGUUUAGAGUAUAUGUUCGAGGAGAGCCCUCGUAGACAGAGAGGGUUCAUUUCACAGACCAUAGACUUUCUUCUCUUCAAAUCGAAC